GCCAUGGACAACGGGUCUUGCUGCCCCAUCCAGGGGGACCCCGUCUCUCAGGUGAUGCCCCCGCUGCUGAUCCUGUUCUUCGUGCUCGGCGCCCUGGGCAACGGCAUCGCCCUGUGUGGGUUUUGCUUUCACAUGAAGACCUGGAAGCCGAGUACCAUUUACCUUUUCAACCUGGCUGUGGCCGACUUCCUCCUCACGAUCUGCCUGCCCCUGAGGACGGACUACUACCGCCGGGGCCGGCACUGGGCCUUCGACGACAUUCCCUGCCGGGUUGCGCUCUUCAUGCUGGCCAUGAACAGGGCCGGGAGCAUCGUCUUCCUCACAGUGGUGGCCGUGGACAGGUACUUCAAAGUGGUCCACCCCCACCACAUGGUGAACGCCAUCUCCAACCGGACAGCGGCCGGCAUCGCCUGUGCCCUCUGGGCCAUGGUCAUCCUGGGGACGCUGUAUCUCUUGAUGGAGAGCCACCUGUGUGUGCAAGAGAAGAUCAUAUCUUGUGAGAGCUUCAUCAUGGAGUCGGCCAACGGCUGGCACGACAUCAUGUUCCAGCUGGAGUUCUUCCUGCCCCUGGGCAUCAUCUUGUUUUGCUCCUUCAGGGUUGUCUGGAGCCUGAGGCAGCGGCAGCAGCUGGCCCGGCAGACUCGGAUGAAGAGGGCCACCCGCUUCAUCAUGGUGGUGGCGGCUGUGUUCAUCACAUGCUACCUGCCCAGCAUAUCAGCCAGGCUGUACUUCCUCUGCACGGUGCCCUCCAGCGUGUGCGAUCCCUCGGUCCACAUGGCCCUCCACGUGACCCUCAGCUUCACCUACAUGAACAGCAUGCUGGACCCCCUGGUGUAUUAUUUCUCAAGUCCUUCAUUCCCCAAAUUCUACACCAAGCUCAAAAUCCGCAGUUUGAGACCCAAGCGCCCGGGAUGCCCCAGGGCACAGAGGCCGGAGGAGAUGCCCAUUUCAAACCUGUGUCGCAGGAGCUGCGCCAGCGUGGCGAAUAGCUUGCAAAGCCAGUCUGAGGCACAGUGGGAUCUCCAGAUGUGAUGCACCGGCCAAACACAGACCAACAGGCAUCAUCGGGCAGGACAGACUGGUGACUUAGAAAUAAUUCA